AGGGGCAACUAGGGACAGGCAGUAAAUGCCGGCGAGCCAGAGACGCCUGCAUCCCAAAAGUGAAUUUAAAAAAUGCAGUUCAGCAUUUUGUAAAUAUUGGCAUAGGCCUUUUGCCCCAGGCACCUCUUUGAAUCCCCCACUUGCACUUCAUUACCUACUUUAACAACCAUCUUUCCCCCCCUUGACCAACUCUUUCCCCUCACCACUCUGUCACCCCCCUUGCUGUUCUCUGUCUUUGCUGCCUCUCUCCCCUCAUCCCACUCUUUCCCCCCUCGGUCCUCUCUCUCACCCCUCUCUUGCCUCUCUCUCUCACCCCUCUCUCCCACCUCGCACUUCCUUCCCCGCACGCCCCUCUUGCUCCCACCUCACACUUCACUUUUCCUCCACCCGUUUUUCCCCAUCCUUCCUGCACCUCCCCUCUCCACCUGUCCACAUGCUCCUAUCUCCUCAUUCACCCUCCCCAUGCCCCCCUCUUCCUAUCUCUUUCUCGUAUCUCGUAUCUCUUUCCUCCAAUGCACCACUCUCCCUCCCUCUCUUCUCUCCAGUUCCAUUCUCCUCACCCUUACUCCUCAUUCCCUCACCCCUUACCUCUUAAUCAGAUACACUAUUCGUUCCUAUGUGGCUUUAUCGGAGAUAAUUACAGGUAUUCAUUCAUAAGAUACAAAUCAUUAUGCAAGGCUGUUGGACCACGCACAUGCACGCUGAAUCACCAACGUCUGAUUAUUAUCUAAAUUACAGCUUUGAAUUAUGGCAUUAGAUGUACAAUGUGAAUGAUAAUUAUGUAUUGAUGUUGCUCAGAUGUUGCAGUCUUUUACAGGCCUUGUUUAAUAUGGUUGUAGAGGUGCCUCGUUGGACCAAUGCAAAAAUGGAGAUUGCUACAAAUGUUCCUCUGAACCCAAUCAAGCAAGAUGUGAAAAAGGAUAAAAUGCGUUACGUAGCAAAUAUCUUUCCUUACAAGGGUUAUAUCUGGAACUAUGGAGCAUUACCACAGACUUGGGAAGAUCCCUGUUACGAGGAUCCCUGUACAGGCUGUGGUGGUGAUAAUGAUCCAAUCGAUGUCUGUGACAUUGGAUCAAGGGUGUGCUCUUGUGGUGAUGUUAUUCAAGUAAAAGUCUUGGGAGCUUUGGCUCUUAUCGAUGAAGGAGAAAUGGACUGGAAAAUCAUUGCUAUCAACCUUGAAGACCCUGAAGCACAAAAGUUUAAUGACAUUGACGAUGUCCGAAAAUAUAAACCAGGUUACUUGGAAGCCACAUUGACUUGGUUUAAAUUAUACAAGGUUCCUGAUGGCAGGCCAGAAAACCAAUUGGGUUUCAAUGGAGAAUUUAAAGAUCGGAAUUUUGCUCUUGGAGUGAUUAAGUCUACCCAUCAAUACUGGCAAUCUUUAAUCUGCAAGAAGACUGAUGGAGGUAGUAUUAGUUGCAAAAAUGUGUCAAUCUGUGAUAGCCCUUUCUGUUGUAGUCACACAGAAGCAGAAUCAAUUGUACAAUCAGUACCAGAGUAUGUCAAGCCAAACAGUAUCCCAGACGAAGUAAAUAGGUGGUACUUUCUGAGCAAGUGAAUGUUGGCCGCAUCACCACAUGAAAGAACAAACUCUGUUUUACUUUUGAAAACUGAAAAUCUGAAUAGUCUAAAAGCAGAAAUGUCUGAAAUUGGUCAGCGAUAUCGUCUACAGAAUCUUCAAGAAGCAGCCCUGAUUGGCAGUCACCCAUUAAAUUAAUGUUCAAUGAUUUGAGUACUUCUCCUCUGCAAACUGUUCAGGGAGGUAUUACCUGGUUUGUAUGUGGAUACUACUUGUAUUUAAUUGGUUUCAUAUUGCCUUGUACUUCCAAAAUGUGAUGUAAAAUAAUUAUUUUUCUUGUGUUAUUGACCCUAUAUUUCUCUGUGGUAGUGUAAAUCAUAACUGAUAAUAAACAUUCAUUGAUUUAUUUUCCAUAUA